AUGACCACCGACGUAGAAAACACCGGCUCUGCUGAAGCAGGGUGCCUGCCUUACUUGAUACACUUGUGCUCUCGCAAAGGCUCCCGCAAACAAACGAGUAGCAAAAAAUGCGAUACCAUAUCUUGCACCACUAUGGUGCCUGCAUAUUCUCCACCAGACACGCACAAGGCCCAGGACUGUGGAGGUAUCACUUCUCAGUACCCGCCAUUCCGCUGCUCUCCGGCCCCAAGAGAUGCCAAUCAGCUAAUGGCCUAUAUCGAGAGGCUUGCUUUAGAAAGUCACAGGCUCGGUUCGCUGGACCUCGAUCAUCUCAUUACAUUAAGUCGGGUGAAUGUGCAGCGCGCAGCCAUGGAGAAUAUCUUAGCGGUCGGUAUGAACAUGGAAUGGAUGAUCGACGACGACUCCAUUUCACUUUUCAACCUUUCCCGCCCUCAAAAACCAACCGAUCAUAUUUCCUAUAGUCCACGCCCAACUCCCGUUCAGCUUUCCAUCCCACAUCAUCCAUGGCUCGACCUUUUCCCCUUCCCUCGCAUGAGGGACAACCUUAUAUCCUCGAGUGACUACUUUGAUGACGAAGAGCUAUGCCGUGAUUUGAUGGGAUUUUGGGAUACUCAUGAUAGCCGUGCGACGUUGUUAGUUUGCGGCGAACCACACAAUCCUCGCAAUUGGGAAGUCACGCCAGGGUUCCUUAUGAAAUGGGGCUGGUUACUGAGAGGCUGUUCUGAAUUGGUGGCAUCAUCAAACCGGUGGCGAGCCAACCCGGGGAAAAGGCCACUAUUUCGAAGAUCUACUGAAAAGUCCAAAUAA